AUGACAAGCGAGGAGGAGGAGGGCCCCAACGUUGCAACAUCAACAGCGACGACACCGUCAGCGGCAGCAAUCUCCAGGGUAACAACAGCCAUAGCCAGGGACGAUAGCAAUGAACCCGUCACUUCCUCCUCCCCCCGCCGGCCCUCCCCGUACCACCUCCCAUGUCCCGAGGAAAAGGAGGAGAAAGAGGAGGAAAUAGAGGAUGAAGGGAUCAUACAGGAAGAAAGGAUUGAGAAGGAGGAGGAGGAUGUGUUGGAGUGUGAUGAAGAUGAUGAUGAUGUCAGCAGUGAUACCAGUGUGUUAGUUGUGCCCUACCCUGAGCUGGCGCCUGUGGUCUUCUUCUGCCUCAAGCAGACAACAUGUCCUCGCAGCUGGUGCAUCCGAAUGGUCUCCAGCCCGUGGUUCGAACGUGUGAGUAUUAUGGUGAUCUUGUUGAACUGCGUGACCCUGGGAAUGUACCAGCCCUGUGAGAACAUCGACUGCUCCUCAGACCGAUGCCAAAUACUACAGGCUUUUGAUGCAUUCAUCUACAUCUUCUUCGCUCUGGAGAUGGUUAUAAAGAUGCUCGCCCUGGGAAUCUUUGGUCGACGCUGUUACCUCGGGGACACAUGGAACCGACUGGAUUUCUUUAUUGUCAUGGCAGGGAUGGUUGAAUACUCGCUGGAUCUGCAGAAUGUCAACUUCACCGCUAUCAGAACAGUGAGGGUAUUGCGGCCUCUCAAAGCAAUUAACAGAGUGCCAAGCAUGCGUAUCCUUGUGAACCUGCUCUUGGACACGCUGCCCAUGCUGGGUAACGUCCUCCUCCUCUGCUUCUUUGUCUUCUUCAUCUUCGGCAUCAUUGGAGUUCAGCUGUGGGCUGGGCUGCUGAGGAACCGCUGCUACCCGGAGGAGAACUUCACACUGGCAACCGGUAUCAGUCUGCCUAAACCCUACUACAUGGCUGACGAGGAUGACGAGCGACCCUUCAUCUGCUCCCUGCCAGUCGACAAUGGCAUUAUGUCCUGUUCCGACGUCCCUGCCCGCCGCGAGGGAGGGAGAGCGUGCUGCCUGGACAAAGACGACGCCCUGUAUCGCCAGUCGCUGGGCCUGAGCCCCGAACCUCUGGCCAAUGGGAGCGUCAGUGUAGCAGGGCUCUGUGUUAACUGGAACCGUUACUACACCCGGUGUCACACUGGGCAUAGCAACCCACACAAAGGAGCCAUAAACUUUGACAAUAUUGCCUAUGCCUGGAUUGUCAUCUUCCAGGUGAUCACUCUGGAGGGCUGGGUGGAGAUCAUGUACUAUGUGAUGGAUGCUCAUUCCUUCUACAACUUCAUCUACUUCAUUCUACUGAUUAUUGUGGGUUCCUUCUUCAUGAUCAACCUGUGCCUCGUGGUCAUCGCUACCCAGUUCUCAGAGACCAAGCAGAGGGAGCACCAGCUGAUGCAGGAGCAGCGAGCGCAGUGUUCUUCCUCCUCCACCCUGGCCAGUGAACCCGGGGACUGCUAUGAGGAACUUUUCCAGCUGGUCUGCCACAUCCUCCGCAAGGCCAGGAGGCAAACUAUUGCACUUUUCAACACCUUGCGGGGCAAACCUCGCGGCUUCCGGGGCGUCGGAAGAGGUAGAGGAGGAGGAGAAGGGAGGGAGAGGAAGGCCAAUGGAAGAGGAGGACGUCCACCCUGUCCCCACCAUAACAAACCUGACCACGUCUCACCUGCCUCACCCAUGGCCCUCACCGCCACCUCUGCCACCGACGGCUGCCCUCAGUGUGCCGCAGCGCUGUCGCUCACUGACGGGGUGGGACCAGUUUGCAGUGCAGCAAACGAUGAAGCAGAGGAAGGAGCUGUGGAGGAAACAGACAGGGAGGGGGUAAAUUCUGAUAAUAAGGAGAAGGGCAAUAAAGGCCAGGAGGGUACAUGGAGACAGGGCUGUAGUCCUAAGAAGCUGUGCAAGGAGCUGUGGCACAACACAAGGUUGAAACUGUGGGGAAUCGUGGAGAGCAAGUACUUCAACCGAGGCAUCAUGAUCGCCAUACUGAUCAACACCAUCAGCAUGGGCAUCGAGCACCACGAGCAGCCAGAGGAGCUCACUAAUGUUCUCGAGAUCUGCAACAUCGUCUUCACCAGCAUGUUCUCCUUGGAGAUGAUCCUCAAAGUCACUGCAUUUGGCUCCUUCAGCUACCUGAGAAACCCCUACAAUGUCUUUGAUGGAGUCAUUGUCAUCAUAAGUGUAUGUGAGAUUGUCGGGCAGUCCGACGGUGGUUUGUCUGUGCUGAGGACCUUCAGACUGCUGAGGGUGCUGAAGCUGGUAAGGUUUAUGCCAGCUUUGAGGAGACAGCUGGUGGUCCUUAUGAAGACCAUGGACAAUGUGGCCACCUUCUGCAUGCUGCUCAUGCUCUUCAUCUUUAUUUUCAGUAUCCUGGGGAUGCACAUAUUUGGCUGUAAGUUCAGUCUCAAGACAGAGACCGGUGACACAGUACCAGACAGGAAGAACUUUGACUCCCUUCUCUGGGCCAUUGUCACUGUUUUCCAGAUUCUGACCCAGGAGGACUGGAAUGCAGUUUUGUACAAUGGUAUGGCAGCCACCUCACCACUUGCUGCUCUUUACUUCGUGGCCCUUAUGACUUUUGGAAACUACGUCCUCUUCAACCUUCUGGUAGCCAUCUUGGUUGAAGGCUUUCAGGCCGAGGGUGAUGCCAAUCGUUCGUAUUCGGAUGAUGACCACUCCUCCUCCAACUUUGACGAGAGCGAAAAACAUGACUCCAUAAAGUUGUCAGACCCAAGGAUCUGCACGCUGACACCCAAUGGCCACCUGGAGCUGGGUGCUCUCUCCGGGCCCAGGGGAUCCUAUUCCUCAGAGAGGCGAAGCUUCACCAUCGAGUCCAGAAAGAGCAGCGUGAUGAGCCUGGGAAAGAGCAGCUUGGAGAGACGCUCCCUCUCUCUGCGUCAUGGUCGCAGUCCCAACUACCACAACUGGGGGCGCCCUUUCCAUCCACAAUCUGCAUGGAGCCGCAGGUCUAGCUCAAACAGCCUGGGCCGGAGGAGCUACGGGUUUGGUGGGGCUCCCCUGGUGGGAGGCAGUCUGCGUGUGCACAGCACCCGGUCACCCCACUCCUACACCUAUGCCGCAGAGCAGGAGUCCCUUCUCUCCCACUCAUCCCACUCCCAUCAUCCUCCACACCCACAUCAUCCACCUCCACCCCCACUGUUCCUCUCCAGACACUUUGCUGCGAGGGGGGAUCGACGGGCUCUUUCCCUGGAGCUCCCAGAGCUGCUUCGGGCAGGAGGACAGCCCCCUGGCCUGCCCCCUGUCCACCUAGACACUGGGAGGAGAAGUGGAUCUGGUACAGGGGGAUCCAUCACUGGGGGAUCUGGAGCUGGUAGUGGUUUAGGAGUGGACCACAGAGACUGUAAUGGCAAGACACCAGGUCCCCACACUCAGCUGAUGGCUGAGGUUUUCCCUCAAGUCAAUGCACGCAAGGACAGAACAGAUUUCGAUGAAGAGACAGAUUAUAGUUUGUGCUUCCGUAUCCAGAAGAUGAUGGAGGUGUACAAGCCAGACUGGUGUGAAACAAGAGAGGAGUGGUCCGUUUACCUGUUCUCCCCUCAGAACAAGUUCAGACUACUCUGCCAGUCCAUUAUUGCCCAUAAGCUGUUUGACUAUGUGGUCCUGGCCUUCAUCUUUCUCAACUGCAUCACAGUGGCUCUGGAGAGGCCGAAGAUACUGCAAGGAAGCCUGGAAAGGGUGUUUCUCACAAUUUCCAACUACAUCUUUACUGCCAUCUUUGUUACGGAGAUGACUGUCAAGGUGGUGUCCAUGGGUCUGUACCUAGGGGAGAAAGCCUAUCUAAGGAGCAGCUGGAACAUUCUCGAUGGUUUCCUCGUAUUUGUGUCUCUGAUUGACAUCGUGGUGUCAAUGGCGGGUGGGGCUAAGAUCCUGGGGGUUCUCCGUGUUCUCAGGUUGCUCAGGACGCUACGCCCCCUCAGGGUGAUCAGCAGGGCUCCGGGGCUGAAGCUGGUAGUCGAGACCCUCAUCACAUCCCUUAAGCCCAUCGGCAACAUCGUACUCAUCUGCUGUGCCUUCUUCAUUAUCUUUGGCAUUCUUGGUGUUCAGCUUUUCAAAGGAAAGUUCUUCUACUGUGUGGGUUUCGAUGUGAAGAACAUCACUAACAAGUCUGACUGUCUAGCUGCCAGCUAUCGAUGGGUUCACCACAAAUACAACUUUGACAACCUUGGACAGGCUCUAAUGUCCCUGUUUGUGCUCGCCUCAAAAGACGGCUGGGUUAACAUCAUGUACCAUGGACUGGAUGCGGUGGGGAUUGACCAGCAGCCGGUGACCAACAACAACCCAUGGAUGCUGCUCUACUUCAUAUCCUUCCUCCUGAUCGUCAGCUUCUUCGUCCUCAACAUGUUCGUGGGCGUAGUGGUGGAGAACUUCCACAAGUGCCGGCAGCACCAAGAGGUGGAAGAGGCCAGGAGACGAGAGGAGAAACGGCAGCGUCGCAUGGAGAAGAAGAGGAGAAAGGCCCAGAAGCUGCCCUACUAUGCGUCAUACGGUCCAGCCCGUCUGGCUAUCCACACUCUGUGUACCAGCCACUACCUGGACCUAGUCAUCACCUUUAUCAUCUGUAUCAAUGUCAUCACCAUGUCUCUGGAGCACUACAGUCAGCCGCAGUCUCUGGAGACUGCGCUGAAGUACUGCAACUACUUCUUUACCUCCACCUUUGUGAUUGAGGCCUCUUUGAAGCUGGUGGCCUUUGGCUUUAGACGUUUCUUCAAGGACAGGUGGAACCAGUUGGACCUGGCCAUUGUGCUGCUGUCAGUGAUGGGCAUCACCCUGGAAGAGAUUGAGAUCAACGCCUCCCUCCCCAUCAACCCCACCAUCAUCAGGAUCAUGAGGGUGCUCAGGAUAGCACGAGUGUUGAAGUUGUUGAAAAUGGCAACCGGGAUGAGAGCUCUGCUAGACACAGUCGUCCAGGCUCUGCCUCAGGUGGGAAACCUUGGUCUGCUCUUCAUGUUGCUGUUUUUCAUCUAUGCAGCUCUGGGAGUGGAGCUGUUUGGAGAGCUUGUGUGUAACGCCGACUACCCCUGCGAAGGAAUGAGCCGACACGCCACCUUUGAAAACUUUGGGAUGGCCUUCCUGACACUCUUCCAGGUUUCCACCGGCGACAACUGGAACGGCAUCAUGAAGGACACACUGAGGGAGUGCCCACCGGAUGGUCCGGGAAACGACUACGGCUGCCACGCUGGACUACAGUUCAUCUCCCCGAUGUACUUUGUGUCCUUCGUGCUCACGGCUCAGUUUGUUCUGAUAAACGUGGUGGUCGCUGUGCUCAUGAAGCAUCUGGACGAUUCCAACAAGGAGGCACAGGAGGAUGCUGAGAUGGACGCCGAGAUUGAGAUGGAGCUGGCUCAGGGAGGCCUAUGCUGCAUGAUGGGGGGCAUCGGCGCCAUCGCAGGGGCCACAGGUGGCGCUGCAAGUGGGGCCGGUGUGGGCGGAGGAGCGUCUGGUGCAAUUACAGCGGGGACAGUCGGGGGUCCAAUUGGUGGGGUUAUGGCGCCGCUACGAGAUAUAGGAGGAGCUCAUGUAACUCAUGAGGGACACGCACACCAUCGAUGUCGGCUCUUCUCUCCUGCUCAGGAGAGCCAGUGGCUGGAUAGUGUGUCUCUGUUGAUUAAGGACUCGUUGGAAGGAGACAUGAUUGACAACCUCUCCGGUUCAGUUUUCCACCACUACUGCUCGCCUCCUGUCUGCAAGGACUGCAAGGGCCACCCACAAGAGAUCCAACUGGCAGAAGUGGAGCAGGCAUCUCUGAUGUCAGAGCAGCUGUCAGACAAGUCAUCGUCUCUGGCGCUGCCUGAUGACCUCAGCCUGGACGAACACAGCAGCUACCAGUUGAUGGUAAGAGACAGCCAGAGGGGCAGCAGUGACUCCCGUAGUUCGGAGGAGUUGCCCACCCAGGGGGGCUACAGAGGGCUUCGUCCCUCCAGCUCAGGAAGCGAGGAGGGGGUCCAAGAGUUGUUUGAGGUGGGCGUCUGUCCUCAGUUGAAUACUCCCUCACUGGAGCAGUCAAGCCCGGCACAUUGCACAGAUGGAGAUGGAGGAAGUUGCAGUGGAGGUGGUGGUGGGUCUUCACCCGUCUUCCACCUACCAGCAGACUUCUUCCACCCAGCUGCCGCGGCUCAUCCGGGCAGUCCAGGGAACAGCGUUAGCCCAGGAGACAGAGGGCCGUCCAGGUUGGCUUCCCCAGCCUCUUGGGCCUCCCUCCGCUCACCCGGAGCGAACAGCAGGCCCCUGAGCUCUCAGCACCCGUCCCACAGUGACUCCUCCCUGGCCACAGGCAGUUCUGAGGGCAGUCUGCAGACCACACUAGAGGAAGGGCUCAGCUUCAGCGUCUCCCCACCUCGAGAUCUGGAUCUCCCUGUGCCUCUCCUCUGCCCGCUCCCCAGCCACCCCUUACACUCCCAGGGGCCAGCCACAGGAGACCAGGACCACCCUUUACUAAAGAGACGCAGUACUACUUUUACCCUCCAAGCCACCAGGGGGCAUCAGAGGAGCCAAAGCAGCUGUGGCGGUGGCAGCACCAGUCCUGGCUGCCCCCGGCAGGACUCCAUGGACCCUUCAGAUGAGGACGUGGGCACGGGGGCAGGUGGGGAUGGCUGCCGCCAGACCCUCAACAGCGAACACUUGUCAGAAACGUUGAACAGCCUCUCACUGACGUCGCUGCUCACCCCGGGCUCUCUGGCACCCCCACUGGUGAAGAAAUGUAACAGCACAGGCUCACUGGACCAAACCAAUCUAUCUGCCCGGAGUAAAGACGGACGCCACUUCUACGGCAUAGACGCUCAUGGUUUCUUGUCCAACCCCUGGACGGAGGGAAGGGCGAGAGGCGAGCAGGAGGACAGUGAUAUCACAGGCUUCAGCAUGAAAAGCAGCAGCCGGCCCACAGACACAAGCUCCAGGAAAAAUAGAUGAAACACUUGUUGCCUCUCUGUAGUGGAACUCCUUAACAUUUGCAUUUCUGGACCUUGAACAGAACAGGGAGAGACUUUUAAUACAGUAAAUGUCCUGUGAACCCAAUUCUGAAAUUCUCUCUCGUCUUUGAAUCGUCUGUUCUCUCUCUUCUCUCCUCGGAUCUGGCUGCUUGGGAUCAGUCAUUUCUCAAAAGAUUACAGCUGCUGAGUUUUGACAUUCUUUCUUUUCCACAGCAUAAUAUGCGGUUGCUUUCUGAAAGAAAUUGAUAAGGGGCAUAGCCUUUUAACAUAACCAGGAUUCAGCCAUGAAAGAUGUGGCAGUCCUGGGUUUUACAUUUGAGCCAUCCUGAAAUAUAUUAUUUGGAGUAUUUGGAGAGCCAAUACAGAGACAGGCUUGAAAAUUACAGUGAUUGAUGAACAUUAUUAAGGUGAUUUAAA